AUGGCCGACGUCAAGCGCAAUCCAGCAAAGGUCGGCGCUGGACAAGCGCCAGAGGCCAUCGACAGCUUCACCGCUGCCAUUGGCGCCCGUGUCAAGGUCACGACUGUUGCGCCUCACUCGCAAACUCUCCAGGGCACUCUCUUCACCGCGUGUCCUAUGCUCAAUGUCAUCGCCAUCAACACCGCCCCCGCUCCUCCGAACCCCUCAUCCACUCUGUCCAACCAGCCCGGCGACUACCACAUCAUCCCCAUCAAGCACAUCUCGUCCUUCGACAUUGUCUCGCUAGACCCAAAUGCCGCCAAACAGACCAUCAGCACCGUCCAACCUCCCAUCGCCGCCGUAGACAUUAAGAAGUUGCGCGACCGCGAAGAGGCCAAGAUCCGCCAGUUGCGCGAUCAGGNNGAAGCCAACAAGGGCAAGGGUGUCAGCCGCGAGGCCCAGCAGAUCUACGAUGCCUUGAGAAGAAUGUGCGUUGCUACCACACAUACAUCCCUCUACAUCAUACACAAGCUGACUUGCCGUUCAAAACAGGNNCUCCCAACACGCUGGCACGGACAGGAGAUUGUCGUCAGUGACUCUGUGAUCAUCAGUCCGCCGUACACUGUGAACGACUGCAAGGCUCCCAAGGGCAAAGACCAAGCCCUCGACAGAAUCAGAAUGAUCUUGGAUGGUGAGAGGAGAAAGAUUGCCCAGCGCGCUGCUCAGGGAGGUACUCCUCCUCCUGGUGCCCCUAGAAAGGGUGGUUGA